CUGGUUUUUAGGAUCCCUUACCUGUUAAGUUGUUAACGACACGAAGAGCUCGUCCUUGCCACCAUCACGUCGCAAUUCUCGAUCCUCGAUCCCAUAAACGCACUACGAUCCUUUGUUGGCACAGCAAUGACACGGAUUGUCAUUUAUGGCAUUGCCGCUCGUUCCAUGUAGAACAGGAAGGCGAGCAGAUCUGUUAGCAUUUUCGGCAGAGGAGUACCUGAGCGUGAGAAUCUUCGAGCUCGCCUCGCGUCCUCUCGUGAAACAAGUACCGGUGUAUGAGUACCGGCUCGUGAUUGUCCUUUUUCUCGCUUAGGCUUCCUACACUACGUAAAUCACGCUAAAUUGAAUAUUCAAGAUGUCAGGUCGUUCACGUCGUUCAAAGGUUCAAAAUAGGAGUUCCGCAUUCAAGAAUCGAUUCCGCAUUCGAGAAUCGAUAGCAAUUUGCACUGUUGAUAUUCGUAAAUCGCGCUACAGUGAAUCGUACAAAUUGCUAGUGGAAUCCCUCGUGACGGUUUCAAUUGAUUUCUCUAUUAUAUAAUAUACUGUUAUCUUACCAUUAUGUCUAUUAUUUACAUGUACGUAUUAGGGAGACACUAAAGUGAAUGAUUAUACUCUUUAUAUCCCCCCAACGAUUUUAUAUAAUCUUCAAAUUACGAAAAAUCAUUACAAAAUUCGUGUGCGUAGUUCAUACCAAUCGAAAUUAAACGAUUAGAAUCGCCACGCACGUUCGUUCAGCAGCCGAACGCUUGAAUGCCUGUUAAUACGAAGGCGCACAUCAGCCAGAUUAGGCGUAAUUAUGCCACUACGUUCAAUGCGUGUAAGCGCAUUGGUCGCGCGUGUUCCCGUGCCAGGAGGGGAGCAGAGAGAGCAGCGGACAACCACUGCUUUGGAAUUCGGCUUCUUUAUUUUUACGAGAGAAUGUGUCAAGAUGACGUCUAUCCUCUCGUUAUGUGGCAUUGUCAUUAUCCUACUACAUGGCCCGUUCGUGUCUACGCACGGAGAGAGACAGGAGCUGGGCAUGUCUUUUACCCGACACCCGCAACCUCUGGCCGCUCCGUUAAAUGAUGACGUGAAUUUCGAGUGCAGUCUCAAUCUCGCCGCGGAGUAUUUCGCGUGGCAUCACAGGCCCUUGGGAUCAAACAAAUGGACGCCGCUGUCCCAUCCCAAUGGAACGACUAAGGACUCGUAUACCAACGGCGGAAAAACAUCACGGCUCCUCAUCAAUUUCGGCGACGAGUCGAAAGCCGGAGACUACCGCUGUAUCGCAUUCUUUGGUACGAGCGGUUUGGCGUCUGAUCCAGCGAGACUGACGCUCGCGACAAUCCAGAGGUUCUCCGAUAAGAGCGACGUCUUUAUCCAAGUGACGGAGGGUAACACCGUGCCUAUCACGUGUCCGGUGCCGUAUUCCGAGCCAGAAGCCAUAGCGCAGUUUUACAAGAACGACAUUCUCAUCGAGGACGCGGACCUCGUAAAUAGCAAGACCAUGGUCAUCAAGAGUGCCCGACUGACCGACAGCGGAGCGUAUCACUGCAGCGCGAGCAACUACAUCACGCUGCAGAUGUUCACGAGCAACCGCAAAACAAUCCUGACGGUGCACGCGAACACUACUUUCCAAGCACCGUACUUCACGAAGCAACCGCAAACGGAAUACACGGUGACGCGCGGCAAGAACGUCACGUUGGAGUGUUUUGCCGCCGGUUAUCCAGUGCCGCGCGUCACCUGGAGCCGCCUGGGUAGCUCCUUGCCGUUGAAGUCGAUAAGAUCAUCCACCGGCUUGACGAUAGUCCACGUGCAACUGUCCGAUCGCGGCGAGUACGACUGCGUGUGGAGCAACGAGGUCCAGCAGAUCAAGUCCGUGAUCAUCUUGAGGGUGGUAGAGCCACCUAGAGUCAUCAAACAACCGAAGGCGUCUACGUUCGCCGAAGGCGGGGAAUUGGAACUCUCUUGCAGCGUAACCGGUGAACCAGAACCGACCGUCGAGUGGCUGAUCAACGGGCAAUCGCUGAUGCCCAGCAAGAAUCAGGAGAUCAAGGGCUCGACCCUUCUCAUAUCCGAGGUCGAGAAGAAGCAUGCCGGGAUCGUCCAGUGCGUCGCCAGUAACGAGUACGGGUCGCACUCGGGUUACAACUUGCUGCAGGUAAACCCGAAGCAGCACGUCCUGGGCGGCACGACCGAAUCGAAGCCGGAAUACGAGACUAUAUCGAGGCACAAACACACCAGAGGUGGAGGUAGGCGCAGAGGCAAGGAAGGAAAGAAGAAAGGCGCAGCGAUUUUGAUACCUCCGACUCAACCCAACGUCACGCGAUUGUCCGACGUUUCCGUGAUGGUGCGAUGGACAGUGCCGGAAAACAAGGGUUUGCCGAUACAAUUCUUCAAGGUACAAUAUCGGGAAAUCGGCCCGAAGGUAAACGGCAAGCAAGCAAAGUGGAUGACCGCCAACACCGAGAUACCGAAUCACGUGCGCUCCUUCGAGGUGACCGAUCUGCAGCCCGAUCAUACCUACCGAUUUAGGAUCGCCGCGGUGUACUCGAACAACGACAACAAACUGAGCCCGAACUCCGUACGUUUCCAUCUGACCAGAAAGAAGGGCUUUGAGAGCAACAAGAUGCCGAUACCGCUGCUGACCAAUACCGAGGCGAUAGGGCCGCAUCAGGUGUUGCUGAUCUGGCAGAAUCCCGACAGGAAGACAAAAAUCGACGGGUUCUACAUAUAUCAUCGUGCGACCACCACGGCCGGUGAUUAUUUAAAGACCACCGUCGAGGGGAAGGAUGCCUUCAACAUGACCAUCUCUCACUUACAAGCCGACACCGCGUACGAGUUCAAGCUACAGAGCUUCUGCGUGGACGGGGCGUCGGAAUUCUCGCAGAUCCUGCGGCAGAAGACCAAGAAGCUCGUCGAGCACCCGGUUGAACAAGUGGUCGCGGAAAAUAAACUGAAGCCGAUCGAGAAUAACAAACCUGUCAGUAUACACGUUACGCAUAUAGUCGGUGGAGUACUCGGAGCAGCUGUCCUCUUGGUCACUCUCACUCUGAGCGCGAGAUACCUGUAUAAGAAAGUGAGAUGUAAGCAGAGCCAAGAAUCGCAAGGUGACGGAAAGCCGAUAGCAAACGGACGAGUAAUGGUGAACGGCGGAGUCACAGACUCCAAAAUUAACAUUACAUCUAAUCCGCUUGCCGGUCUUGACGCGUCCGAAGAUAUAAUGCAGCCUAAGAGCGGGCAACAGUCGUCGAUGGAAAUGACGUCGUUUCUAAACGGCCAAAACAACAAUGGCAGCAACAACAGCCAUAACAACGGCGACGCAGCCGGAUCUGACGUGAACGUCACGUCGCAUAACGAGCCGUCGUCGCUGCUUCAAGGACCGCUGCCUAUCGAACAACGUUUGUGAGAAUGUGAUCGCAGCUAUGUCUCGGUGUUUAGACGGCGACACGACCCUCGUCGCCAGCGGAAGCGGACGUUUCGCGCCGAUAAUCCAAAUCACGCGCGCAAGCAACGCAAGAAUUUAUCCGCGCGAUUUAUUUAACGGUUUAUCGGUACGAUUUGUCGACGCGUCAUCACAGCGAGACCCCCCCCCCCCCCAUGAGAGAAAAUGGAACUUAACUUAUAGACUGUAAUUUAACUUCAGCUAACGUAAUGAAGAGACUGUUGCAAGACAUUUACAGGGUGUCUUGAGUAGAUAUGCUCAAACGUAUUGCUACCGUAAAUUGGGAUUGAUUUGGCGUGACUUUCAUGUGCCCGCACCGAACAAGGACCUCGUUAUUUACAGGUUUCGUCGACUCCCAUAUUUUAUAACGUCAAUAUAUCACGUCCCCCAUGUCCUCCGUUUCCGUCAGCAUGGGGCCAUUCUCGCGCGAAGCGAUAGCCGAAAUAGUUCCACUUUACAGUAGAUUAGAAAGUAAACGAUCUGGUUGCAUCCCGUGACACGCGUUCUUUGUCUUUCCCUUUCUUUUUAGUAAGGAAAUGUUAUUAAGAGUCUUGUCCGUUAAGUGGAUAUGAAAUCAAAUGACUGUACCUGUAAAAUAACUCCCUGACUCGAUAUUGUUACGUAUCCACUUAACGCUCGUUAGUUAGUAAGCAUCGAGAAUGACGUUUAGUAAUUUUUAUAUCCCUUUUUGCGACGUAAACACUUUUGUAUCAAUUUUACGGCGGGCAGCUCUUUAAGAAACAUUAUAAUGUGAAGUCUCUUUAUAAGAGGGUACGUAGGAUAUAUUACAUUAUACGUACAAUUAAACGUUAAAAUCGCUGAUAACGCCAAUGUUGAAAAGGAAGUAGUGUCAUUUUUUAUGACGGUUACUAGGAAUAUUUUAAUAGUAUAACGAGCACAUAAUGGUUGAGUCAUAUAUUGUUAACAUUAUAUCAUGUCUGCCUGUUAUUUUUAUGACAAUGUUUUUUCCUAGCUGCAGUAGUAGAAGUUGAAUAACUUUUGAACUUAUCCAUGACUAACGUAAAAUUAUGUCACGCUAUUCUGACAGCGUGACUUAAAAUUAUAUUGUAAAAAUAAUAAAUUUUGAUAAGUAAGUGAAAGAAUUAUUUAUCUCGAUAAUUGACGUGUGCACUAGCGGAAAGAAAGACAAGAAAUGGUAAAUACGUAUAUGUAUGAAACAAAUGUCUUUAAUAAAUUGUUUACCAUUUUUGAAUUGUAAAGACACUGCAGUUGCAUCUGUACGAAUCGACGAUAAAGCUAGUGAGAAUAUCACAUUUGUACAUACUAGUAUAGUCCAAGCGAUAGAUGAAUACCAUGUGCCUUAUAUCUUGCCUGAGAGUAAUGAUUAUUAAAAACAAUGACUAUUUAUAUAUUUCUCUAUUUGUAAAUCACCAUUUUGCGUACUUAAUUUUUUAUAAAAUAAACCAUAUUCAAAAUACA